UCACAUGAGUCAGAGUUUACAACCAAGUCAGACUCAACUUUACAACACUGACAAGGCUGUGAUUUGCAAUGUGCGCUGUCACUCGUUUUUUUUAAUGGAAAAAUCGGGAAAAACUUUCGAAGGUAAAUCUGUGCAGUAAUUUUGACUUUAGCCAGGUAAACGUUUAACUUUUUUAAAAUUUGUGUUUCUUUUUUUUGUGUGGAAAAGUUACAGAUACAGUGGAGUAGAUAUGCGCGUUGCUAUAUUUUACAGUGUGUUCUUCCGAAACAUCAGAAAGAAGUGUACUGUUUGUGGUGAUUGCGAUAGCUAACCCUACUGUUGGGAGAACAUAACUUUACUUUUGGACUCACUUUGAUUUAACUUUCGAUGAUCGAGGUUUCGAGUUUCGCCCUCCGAAAAAACAGAUUUUUGGUUCUUUGAGUUGAAUCUUUUUAUACAUAUAUUUUUUUUCCUUCUCGGGCAAAUACUUUUUUGGGAUAGUUUUUGUUGUUGGAAUAAACAUGGAUCCGAGCCAGCACAACCCCCCGGCCGGUCACCAGAUAAUCCACGUCCGGGGAGACUCGGAGACGGAUCUGGAGACCCUUUUCAACGCUGUAAUGAACCCGAAAAAUACCAGCGUCCCCCCCUCCGUCCCAAUGAGGAUGAGAAAGCUUCCAGAUUCCUUCUUCAAACCGCCAGAGCCAAAGUCCCACUCCAGACAAACCAGCACAGACGCAGGUACGGCUGGGGCCAUCGCCCCCCACCACGUGCGUGCCCACUCGUCCCCUGCCUCCCUACAGCUAGGGGCAGUGUCUCCCCUGUUGGGCAUGGUCCCUGCGGGCGCCCCCCCAUCACACCUCCGACAGUCGUCCUAUGAGAUCCCAGAUGACAUGCCCCUGCCCCCGGGCUGGGAGAUGGCCAAGACACCCUCUGGACAGAGAUACUUCCUCAACCAUCUGGACCAGUCGACCACCUGGCAGGACCCUCGUAAGGCCCUCCUACAGAUGAACCAGGCCCCUCCCACCAGCCCUGUACCAGUCCAGCAGCAGAACAUCAUGAGCCCCGCUAGUGGUCCUCUCCCUGACUGCUGGGAACAGGCCAUCACCUCAGAGGGAGAGGUCUACUACAUCAACCACAAGAACAAAACCACCUCUUGGCUCGACCCACGACUCGACCCACGACUCGACCCACGCUACGGCCUGAACCAGCAGCGUAUCACCCAGAGUGCCCCAGGUAAGCAGGGGGGCCAACUGCCCUCCAGUCCCGAGAGCAGAGGAGUCAUGGGGGGCAACAACCAGAUGAGGCUCCAGCAGCUGCAGAUGGAGAAGGAGAGGUUGAGACUGAAACAUCAGGAGCUGCUCCGCACCAGACCACAGGAGCUGGCUUUGAGGACCCAACUACCAGUCAGUAUGGAGCAGGACGGGGGGACUCCCAACCCCGUGUCGUCCCCUGGGAUGGGUCAGGAUGCCAGAACCAUGGCAACCAACAGCUCCGACCCAUUCCUCAACAGUGGGACCUACCACUCCAGGGACGAGAGCACAGACAGCGGUCUGAGUAUGAGCAGCUACAGUGUCCCCCGGACCCCUGACGACUUCCUCAACAGUGUGGACGAGAUGGACACAGGGGACGCCCUGCCGGUCUCCAUGGGGACGCAGCCCAGCCGUUUCCCUGACUACCUGGACGCCAUCCCGGGGACGGACGUGGACCUGGGCACGCUGGAGAGUGACAACAUGGCCAUGGAGGGGGAGGAGCUUAUGCCUAGUCUCCAGGAAGCCCUUAGCUCCGACAUCCUGAACGAUAUGGAGUCAGUCCUGGCCGCCACAAAGAUCGACAAGGAGAGCUUCCUCACAUGGUUAUAACAUGGUUAUAACAUGGUUAUAACACAUUUAUAGAACAAACUGGACCCUUAUACGGUAUACAGUGGGGGUUGCCAAACUUUUGUUUUCUCUGUAACCCAACUGAAGUGGGUGUUGUGUCGUGACCCACCAACUGAGGUGGGUGUCGUGACCCACCAUAGGACUUGAACAGUGGAACUACAUAUUCUGACCUACUGGUAUAUAGGAGAGAGGAGAUGAGAGGAGAUGAGAGGAGAUGAGAGGAGAUGAGAGGAGAUGAGAUGAGAUGAGAUGAGAUGAGAUGAGAGGAGAGGAGAGGAGCCUGGGAUGAGAGGAGAGGAGCCUGGGAUGAGAUGAGAGGAGAGGAGCCUGGGAUGAGAGGAGAUGAGAGGAGAGGAGCCUGGGAUGAGAGGAGAGGAGAGGAGAGGAGAGGAGAGGAGACUGGGAUGGGAAGAGCCUGGGAUGGGAUGAUGGGUUCCAGAAAGAGAGACAUGAUAUCCUCUCCUCAGUAAGUCUACACUCUGAACUGCUACCUAGUCAAACUACAUGAUUUGAUACAACAAAGACAUUUCAACCAACGUAUGAUAUCUGUCGUCGGUCAGCAUACACAAUGAUACUGACAGCUCUUUUCGGCAGUGCUAUUCUCUUGUUUCUAUGUCUUUAUUUUAGUUGUCUGUGUCUUCAAGGCUGGCCCAUGAACAGACCAUU